AUGUUUACGCACCACGGGAGCCACAACACAGCUUCGCGGUACCUACGCCAUCACCUGGGUCCUAUGGAGCAGCGGGUGUGGCAAAUGGAUGGACGCCACGCAGAUCAGCCAGAGGAGGCUUAUCAGUGUACAGCAUUGAAGAAUAACCAAAGGCUAGUGAAGGCUUUGAAGGGUGAAGCGAAGACGGCAGUCAAAUCACUGCUUAUUCAUCCCAGCAACGUACAGGCUAUAAUGGAACAGCUACGCUUUCGAUAUGGGCGUCCGGAGCAGUUGAUCCGGAGCCAACUGGAGAUCGUGCGGGAUCUGCAGCCAAUUCAGGAGCACAACAUAGGCAGGAUUGUAACGUUCGCCACCAGGGUGAGCAUUCUUGCAGCGUUUCUACAGUCAACCGACGCCGGCUACCAGCACAUAGGAAAUCCUACCCUGAUGGAGGAGCUGAUCGCCAAAUUGCCCCUAAGUAAGAGGCUAUACUGGGCAAUGUACGCGGCCACGAUAAAACCGUAUCCGACGAUUGUGCACAUGAGUGAGUGGCUAAACGAGCUCGCCAAGCUAGUAUGUACCAUCACGGACGUGAGCAGUAAAGACCCAAAGCGAAAGGUGUUACAUACAAAUGCAAACCUGGAGCCUCCGAUGCAAGACGAGCAUCAGGAAAUCAUGGAACGGAACGGGUACACCGACCACCCCAGAGGUUGCCUCAUGUGUAAAGGGCAACACGUCAUCAAGGAUUGCAAGGAGUUCAACAACGCCCCUGCCAGGAUGCGGAUGGAGUUCGUCAAGAAGCAUCGGAUCUGUUUCGCGUGCCUGGAAACCGGACACAUGUCACGGCUCUGCAAGAGGAGCCGCAAAUGCAGGAUGCCAGAGGAAGCAUCACUACUUGUUGCAUGA